AUGAUUUAGAGCGCAGGGAAAGUUAUGGAUGCUCCUUAAACUUUUGAAACCAUCCAAAAAGUUACUGAGGAAUCAAAUCCAUUAGAUAAUUAAAGAGAAAACUUUUUUCAUAGAUAAUACUCAAGUGGUAUGCAAAGCAAUCAAGGAAGUGCAGGAUCGUUGAGUUAUCAUUAGUAGAAUAGUUAAUUAACUGGAAAUCCAUAAGUUAAGAGAAUCAAUAAUUGCAACAGUUAAGACACUCCCUAGUAAAAAGUGAUAAAGAAGUAAUUUUCAAAAUCAAAAGAGAGAAACUCAAGCUUGACUAACAAUAACACUAGUAAUAAUGUUCAAUCCUCUACAGGUAACAAUAACAAUAACCACAAUAAUAUGAGUAUAAAUUCAGCUAAGAAUUACUAAAAUAAUUUAAGCAACUAGUAUUACUAAAAUAAUAUAAGCAGCUAGAUUAAUUAACCUAUUAGUACUCUCGCCUGUUCUACUAUUAAUGAUUCAAGCUCAAUAUACACUUCAGCAUAAAAUCCUUUUGGGAAUUAAAGUAACUAAAUGCUCUUUCAUACCCAUAAUAAUAUUAACAAUAACAGUAGCAAUAACUCUGCAAAAAAAUUAUCAAAUGCUGUUUAAUGCGAAAAAAAUGUUUUAUAGCUUUAGAAUACAAUCAAAACAAAAGACUCAAACGUAUUAAAGGAUACCACAAUAAUGGUAGGCAAUAGAAAUUAUUUAUAAAAUUCUUCCAUCACACCAAAAUUGAAUAACAAUUAUGUGAACAAAAACAACUAUUGUUCAGUUCCUUAAAAAUGUAUAUCAAAAGAUCUCUAUAGUUUUGAGUAUACUUUACAGCCUAAUCACUAAAGUUUACUCUUUAGGAAUUAAGAGAAUACAGAUCCAAUCGCACAAUCUCGUUAGGGAACUAUGCGAUCAGAAAUAAAGCUACCUACUGAUCAUUAGUAGUAGUUCUACAAUGUUGAGAACAAGUUACCCACUUAAUCAGAUAAUCUAAGUACUACAAAAGAGCUUGAUUAAGAAGGAUAGUAGCACCUCAGAAACGUUGAUAAUUACCACAUUUCAACUAAAUGCUUAAAUGACUUGAAUAGUAAUAGUAUGAACAAUAAAUCAAAACCAUUUUCUCUAUUUACAAAGAAACAAGAAGAAUAUGAUAUCUCUCAAAAUUGUGAUCAAAGCAUUAUUCCACAAGAAACUUCUAAUUCUAACGGAGUUUCACAAACAUUCCAAAAUAAUUAAAAACAAAAGCAAUCUCUUCCUAGUACUAGCAGUCACCAGCUUAUUUUUAAUAAUGAAAAUAAUUAUCAAACUUAAUUUAAAGACCUACUUGACUGGAAAAUAGAAGGCUCUAAAUUAGAAUUAAAUACUAGCCAUGACUAAUUAAUAUAAAAUAAUAGUACAGAUUUGAGCAAUAAACACACUUAAAAUAAUUUAGUUAGUGAUAAAAAAUUAUAGAAAAACUGUGACUGUUUGAAAGAAAUUACUGAGCUGAAGGUUAUGAUAAGUGAAAUGCAAAAAAAUUAAAUUGUUUAAGCUUAAAUUAACUAAAAACUAUAAUAAGAUAAUGAAAAUAUAUGGAAAGCUUUUCGUCAAUUAAAAUCCUAACUAAGCAAAAACUAGGAUUUAGGUAAUUCUGAUUGCGACUAAACAAAAGAAAAUGCUUAUGCAGAUAAAGAAAACAUAAAAUCAACUGAUAAAACUAAAUAUAAGAAAAUAGUUAAAAGUUUAGUAAGCAAAAAUAAAGAGCUUAAAAAAUAAAAUAAUGAAAUAGAAGCUGUUUUAAAAGACAUUUUAUUACAGAAUGAAAUAUCAAGAUAGAGGAUAGGUAUUAGGGAUAAAUUAAGCUGUAAAAAUUCCAGAGCCAACAGUAGAAGUGGAGUUAGCAGCAAUAAUGAGACAGAUUUCAUUUUAGAUAAUCAUUAAAAUGGGAAUUUCGAUGGAAAUACUUCUUAAAAUUACCACGUCUACAGACCUAGAUCUUCAAGUAAUGCUUCAGGAAUUAACUCUACAAAAAGAGGAAAUGAAAAUAAAUCGCUAAAGUCAAAUCCAUACCACAACAUUUUAAAAAGAGCUAAAAACUUGCAUGAAAACAUCGAAGUGCUGAAAUAGGAUUCUCUUAUCUUAAAUCAAGUAGGAAUUCAUUUAAAUACUUACUAAAGCAAUGAUACAAAAAAUAUUUCUUACACUCCUUAAAAUGAGAACUUCGGGUCAAUAAACAAUUACGAAUAAGAAAAUUCAAAUGAUAUCAAAAUUAGAUAGAUCCUCUCAAAAAUUUAACACCAUGAUACUCUUUAAAACAGCUGA